AUGCCUCUCAACGCUGUCAUAAUACAGGCGGCAUUUUCCAUCGUCUAUGGAUUGGUGUUCGUUGGGUCAGAGACGGCAUUUGAGCUAAUGGUGAGCGCUUCUAUCAUCUUUCUGGUCGGAUCCUACGUCAUCCCACAGGCCAUUCUCCUAUUCAUGGAUCGUGACGAGCUUCUCCCUGAGCGGCCAUUCAGCCUGGGACGAUUUGGCUACGCCGUCAACUUCAUAUCGACAAUCUGGACGGUGUUGCUGGUGAUCGCCUGCUGUCUUCCCACCGAAUAUCCAAUAACACCUUACAACAUGAAUUACAACAGCUGA